AAGAGAGGGAGGAAGAAGAGGAAAUUCUUGGGUUUAAAGAAGACAUUAUGGCCGAGGCAGUUGCUACGUCCGCCGCAGGGAACCUAGUUUCGAAACUUGUUGAGUGCCUGUUUGCUCCCAUUGGACGCCAAUUUGGGUACGUGCUGUGCUACAAGAGCUACGUCCAAGAUCUCCAAAAUGGAGUUGAGAAGCUGGAGGCUGCGAGGGAAAGGGUGCAGAGCUCCGUCGACGAAGCCUUGGAUGGCGGAAAACGUACAAUACACACGGAUGUUGAUAAUUGGCUGAAGAGUGUGAAGGAGGAGACUGAGAAUGCAGAUAAACUGUUAAAACGUGACGCAAGUCCAAAAAGUGCUUGCUUCCGGGGGUGGCUGCCCAACCCAGUGGUCCGCCAUUCAAUGGGUAGAGAGGUGAAGAAGAUGAUUCCAGUCAUUCAGAAGCUCCGUGAAGAAAGCCAAAAUAGUAACUUCAAGAAGGUCUACCGUGAGAAUCUUCCUAUAGGAUUUGUCCCUCCUACCACUUCCCCUGCAAGACCUGAUGAGAGCAAAGAAGACGUCCUGGAGUCCAGGUCCAAAAUCAUGGAGGAAGUAAUGAAGGCUAUAGUUGAUGACAAGGUCAGUGUGGUUGGGGUGUGGGGACCAGGUGGGGUUGGCAAGUCCAAGCUUUUGGAGGAUGUGGAAAGGCGAGUUAAGCAAGAUCGAAAGCCAUUCGACAUGGUUGCCAAGGCAAAUGUGUCACGCCAUCAAGAUAUAAAGAGAAUCCAGGAUGAAAUUGCUGACGCCCUUGGCCUGCACCUGAUGAAUGAGAAAUCUGCUCUUGGGAGAGCACAUCGUUUGCGUGAGAGGUUGGAGAGUGGUCCUCAGAAAAACAUUCUCAUAAUUUUAGAUAAUUUGUGGGGGAAGCUAGACUUGAAGGAAGUUGGUAUCCCUUGCAGUGAUGAUAAUAAAGUAAGAGGCUGCAAGCUAUUGCUAUCGUCUAGAAACCGAGAUGUUCUGCGCACUCACAUGGGCUCUGAUCGAGAAUUCUCACUCAAUGAGUUAGAGCAUGAAGAAGCCCGAAGACUUUUUGAAAGGACAGCGGGGUACAAAGUUAAUGAUCCUGAGUUUGAACGGCGGGUAGAUGGAGUGGUGCAGAAUUGCGGAGGCUUGCCACUUUUGAUUGUUCCAUUGGCAAAAAGGUUGAAGCACGGAGAUUUGCCGGCAUGGAGGAACGCUUCGACCAAUAUAGAUGCGUCCAAUGUAAAAUCAAUAGUGGAACUAAGUUACAAUGACUUAAAAGAAGAGAGGAUCAAAUCGGUGUUCUUGGUUUGUGCUCUAGUCUCUGGGACAAUUGCGAUAAGGGAUUCCCUUGCCUACUGCAUGGGCUUGGGUUUACUUGGAAAAUUCAGCAACACCAUCGAAAACGCUAGAGAUAGGUUGAUUAUGGAUCUACAUGCUCUGCAAGACUCUUCUCUGUUACUAGAGAGCGAUGACAAGGAAUGGUUCAGAAUGCAUGACAUAUUUAUUGACGUGGCCAUCUCUAUUACUUCCACGGAUUGGUACGCCUUGGUCGGGAGGAAGGAUUUUGGGUUUAAAGAAUGGUCAAAGGAUGAGCUCAGAAAAUGCACCGCGAUAUCCGUACUUUAUGUUGGCAUUGAUGACCUUCCUGAAAAAUUGGACUGUCCAAACUUGAGGAUGCUUAUAUUAGCUGAAAGUAAUUGGGCUCCGAAAAUUCCAGAGUCAUUUUUUGAAUCUAUGGAGCAGCUCCAAGUCUUGGACUUGACUGGUUUGUCUUUCACCUCUCUGCCUUCGUCGAUCGAAUUCCUUGGGAACCUCAAAUCGCUGACUCUUGCACACUGCUGUCUGGAGGAUGUGAAUAUUCUUGGAAAGCUGAAAGGAUUGCAAUUCCUAAAUUUCUCCGGAUCUGCAAUCCCUCGAUUGCCCAAAGAAAUAGGUGAAUUAACAGAAUUGAGAUUUUUGGACUUGAUUGGGUGCACUGAACUUAAAGUUAUCGAACCCGGGGUGCUCGGAAACUUGGUUAAUUUAGAAGAACUUUAUAUGGAAGAUAGCUUUGAUAAGUGGGAGGCUGAGGAUGAAGCACCGCAAAGCAACGCCAGCCUGGCUGAGUUGAAGAACAUGAAAAAGCUGAGAACUCUCUACAUUACUAUUCCUCAUUCUACCAAUCUCUCAGGUGACCUCCCAUUUGGAAAUUUGAACAAGCAUAAAAUCCGAAUUGGGGCCACUGAGGGUUGCUCUGGUGAACACAAAGAAUCCAGAACUUUAGAGCUCAAGCUGGAUUCCGGCGAUCUUUUCCAAAAUGUGUGGAUGCAGGAAUGUUUGGGGAGAACGCAAGAUCUCUGCUUGGAUGGAUUGCAAGAUGGCAGCGAUAGCAUUCACAACUUGUGCAUCAAUGGUUUUCUGGAAUUGAAGCAUCUUCAUGUAAAAAAUAACUUCACGGUUCAUUAUGUCUCCACACAUUACCCUGCAUUUACAAGAUUGGAAUCGUUGGUUCUUGAGAAUUUGAACAGCUUGGAGAAGAUUUAUCACGAUUGUCUUGCCCCAAGAUCGUUGGGCUCACUAAAGAUUGUGAAAGUGAAAAACUGCGGUGAAAUCAAAUAUUUAUUUCAUUCGUUCAUGACAAAAAAUUUCUUGCAGCUAGAAGAGAUUGAAAUAACGAGAUGCCACUUGAUGCAGCAAAUCGUUGCAGAUGCCGAGCCAGAUGAAUACAUAAAUGAAAUAGAUGAUGAUGCUAACGCGAAGUCAUUCAAGUUGCGUAGGCUGACGCUACAAAACUUGCCAGAGAUGACGAGUUUCUGUAAAACCGAGGACCAUUCAGUCAUAUUCUUCGAUGGGCAACAGGUUUCAUUGCCCUGGUUGGAGUCCUUGACACUAUCCGAACUUCCCAAAUUGAAAGAGAUAUGGAACUCUCAAUUUCCCUCAGAUGUGACCAACCUAAAAUUUCUGAAGGUAGAGGAUUGCGCAUUCCUCUUGGGCAUCUUCCCAUCAAAUUUGGUAAGAAAGCUACAAAAUUUGGAAGCCAUAAGUGUUGAAAGAUGUCGGUUAAUACGGGAAGUAUUCGACCUUCAAGGACCGACAGCCAGUGGGGUUGUUGAGAUUCUAUCGCGAUUGACCACAUUAACCUUGAGUGACUUACCAAGGUUGGAGUACAUAUGGAACAAGCAUCCAAGAAUAGCUUUGUGUUUCCGAAACUUAAGGGCACUGAAGGUGCAAAAUUGUGAGAACUUGAGGUUUCUUUUUUCUUCUUCCAUGGCCAAAGCACUGCAGCAAAUAAGAAAAAUAGAAAUAGCGAGUUGUAAACUUGGAGGAAAUCAUAGAUGUGGAAGAAGAAGAAGCAUCCAUCAACACUUUAGAGUUCCCUCGGUUAACCUCUUUAUCUCUCGAAGAAUUGCCAAAUCUCAGGACAUUCGCUUACGGGAUGUACCGUAUUCACUGCCCAAUCUUAACAAGAUUGAGGAUAUCUGGAUGCCCUAA